AAAAAGUCGAUCGAAGGGGAUGACCCGCAUGGUGCUUGGUCUGUCGUACUUGGUCGUGGCAUGUGCUGUCGCGGCCUUCACGCACUGGUGGCGUUCGUGGAUGCCUUCCGUUUCGCCGCCUCCCACGUCGGGCAAUGUCUUUUCCGGCCAAGCUGCGUACGAUGUCCUCCGCACCAUCGCGACUACCCAGCACCCAUUGAAAUCGCAAGCCGAUCUAGACGUGUACCAUUACCUGUACGACCAGCUCGAAGACAUCAACCGCACAGGUGGUUUAGCCAACACUACGUCCUUGUCGAACCAGCUCAUCUUUGAGACACCACGCAGUGCGGUGCGCACCAUCCAGGCGAAUGCAACCCCGACUGCAUCUCGCCGAUGCAGCGACUACGAAGAUAUCGUCAACACCACACAGAUCGUUGUUCGAGUGCCGGGCGCGCUGCCGUCGAGUGUUCUACUCACGGCUCAUUUUGAUUCUGCCCCGUUGUCGUUUGGCGCGUCCGACGAUGGCGCAGGCGUGGCUGUGAUCCUGGAAACUCUCCGGGCGCUCGUUGCGUCUCCGGCUCAGCUUGACCAUUCCCUCGUCGUGUUUCUUGACAAUGGCGAAGAAGCCGGGUUGUGUGGCUCCAAGUGGUUUGUGCAAUCGGGUCUUGCCGACAUGUUCAAGGUCAAAGUGUUCGUCAAUGUCGAAGGCGGCGGCGCAGGCGGCCGUGCGAUCCUCUUUCGAUCGACCGACGAUCAGUUGGCGGCGCUAUACAGCCAAGUCGCCCCGUACCCGCACAUGAACAGCUUGGGAGGUACUUUGAUCGGGCUGCUUCACAGCGACACCGACUACUCUACGUACGAACGCGCCGCGAUCCCUGGGAUCGACAUUGCGUUUUACGAGCAUCGGGAGCUCUACCACACGCUGGAGGACAGCACCGCUCACAUUUCAGCCUCAGACAUCCAACACUGCGGCGAGAACGUUCUGGCCAUCACUCGGGCGCUGUUGGACACGAACUCGCUCGACGACUGGGUGUCGGAUGGCCAUGCAUUGUACUUUGAUCUGAUGGGCCGGUGGGGUUUCCCGCUGCCAGUCGCGACAAGGUGGCUCGUCCUUGCGAUUGUGUGGCUCGCAGCGUUUGGUGUCGUCGCGGUGCAUUUCCACGCAUUUCCCCUCACCUCCCAGUCGACAAUGGGCGCGUUUUUCCGAUGCCUUGUGAGCGACUGGCUGUAUUUUGCGACUGCACUGGGUGUGGGCUGUGUCUUUGCGCUGUUGGCGAACUUCCCGCUCGUCGGGUUCAUUCUCGUGACGUCUAGCCCGUUGUUAUCGUGGACGGUAUUGCCAAAUGCAGUCGUGGGACUUGUGUUUGGCAACGUGGUCGCGACAGUGCUUUGGAGACGACGCCAGGGGAUAGUUCAACCUGUUCUUCCUCCGACUAUGGACUGGAUGCACUUGGCCACUGCUGGGUCGACGUUUGGAGCGUUCUUGUGCACAUUCUUUCCUCUGAACGUGCCUCUGUUGUACUUGUUUCCGAUCACGACACUAGCGUACUCGAUUGUCCUGCUUCUGGCCAUGGCUGCGGCUCUGGCUGCCCAAGUUAUCCGACGCCGACAAAGCUAUGGGUUGCUGUGGAAAGCUGGAACUUCGUACACGUCGAUUCCACAUGGUCGAGCGUCCGACACCGCACCACCAGCCAUUCCUCUGUCGGUUUUCGUGUCACUCGUCGCCACGUUUGUGGGAUUUCUCGCGGUGUCGCUGCCAGUGGCCGUCGACAAUUUGUGGAUGAUGCAGUCGGUGGGUGGAAACGACCCCUUCAUCAUGUCUGCCGUUCCGCUGGUCUUGGCGCCAUCGCUGUUCAUGGUGUUGCCAUGGCUUGCCGCAUGCGACGCGAAAGAUGGCCUUGUGCUGGUUCUGCUUUACUUGAUUGUGUGGGCGAUCGCGACCGUCCAGUACGCGGCGUCCACCUAACCCACGAAAUUAGAUCAAGUGCCAUUCACAUUCCGUCGGUUGAAUGCGACCACCCAUCCAAUCCGCAACCAUUCACAGUCGGGAAAUGGAUGGUGGUUUGCAAUUUUGGUUUCGCCC